AUGCGUUUCACAAAUCCAUUCUCGCAUUCUCCCCGGGACACAUACGAGCGACACUCCCUCAUCGCAGAGCAAGAUGGCCGAGCUUCACCGUCAACAGAGUCACUGGACGAGAUUAUCGACAUUGAGAAGCACGAGUACCCCUUUCUCAUCUCAGUGAGAUCUGCAAGAAACUCAGUAUCGUCGUUCCUCAACGAACACCUCCACCUCGGAGGUGACCUUACCUGGAAAGACCGAUUCCUCACACUAGCCCUUUUGUUGAAGCCUCUUGUAUUUCUCUUCCUCCCGGCGUUCUUCGUCAGCCCUUUCAACUACUUCACAACGAACCCAAGCCAGCGCCCGAAGCCGAGGAAAUUAGGUUCCACGGCGUACCUGGAUGGCCUCCGUGGCGUCGCAGCCUUCGUCGUCUACAUCUUCCACUUCUCCUACCUCUGGUUCCCAGACCUUCGCUGGGGCUACGGCUUCGCCGACCACCAAAUGUUCUGGCAAAUGCCCAUCAUCAGGGCCCUUCACUCCGGACGCGCCAGCGUCACCGUGUUCUUUGUCAUCUCCGGCUUCGUCCUCACUCUCAAGACCCUCACGAUGAUUCACCAGCGCAAGAUGGACCAGGUUCUUAGCGCAUUGGCCGGCUCCGCCUUCCGCCGCCCUUUCCGACUCUACCUCCCCAUUUUUGCUUCGACGUUCAUCAUCGCCCUCCUGGUGUAUGGAGGGGAGUACGUUCGCGAUCCUUCCGGAGCCCCUGUGCCGCCCAGGGGCCCGACUCUCGAUCAGCAGCUACAGCACUGGUUCUGGACCACGGUGGACUUGAUGAACCCGUUCCGGCCCAUUGUCAACCGCGAAAACAUGAAGGGGAGCGAGUACGACGGGCAUCUCUGGACGAUUCCCGUCGAGUUCAAGGGCUCGCUUCUCGUCUUCUUCCUCUUGCUCAUCUUUGCUCGAGCAAAGAGAUGGAUUCACAUGGUCGGUGUCACAGGCACCACCCUCUGGCUGGUUCACAUCGGCGACUGGGACCAAGCUCUCUUCUGUGUAGGACUGCUGCUCGCAGAGCUCUCCAUCGUCCUUCCCAACACGACCCCAGUGACAGAAACGCCCGGACAUGAGCUCCCCAGUUACAGACUGCGAGUCGCGCGGAAGAUCGGUUCAAAGUCGGUUCGCGUCAUCCGCCACGCGGGCACAAUUGCCUUAUUCUUCAUCGGCCUUCACCUCUUCUCCUACCCCGAGUACUACGGCGCAUCCACCCCGGGCUUCAUCACAAUCUCAGAAUGGGUGCCCGACUAUUACAAAGCCAUGGGAGACCGCACCCAACUCUUCUGGAACUCUAUCGGCGCCAUCGUCUUCAUCUUCGCCUUGAUGUACUCUCCGCCCGUAUCCUUCAGCCUCAAGGCCUUGCUCCUUCGGGGUCGCGACAUCCGACUCCCCUGGCACCAGACCACCCCAGACCUCGACGAUGCCGAAAAGGAGGAACUCGCGGCGGCUGCAUCCCCUUCCUCCUCCUUGGAGAACCCGGUGCCAGCAAGAGCAGAGCCCUUCCUCCAGCGCCCAUUCACCACCACCUUUGCUCAGUAUCUGGGACAGAUUUCCUAUUCGCUGUACCUCUGGCACGGAGCCAUCAACCACAUGGUCGGCGUCAGAUGGCUGUCGCCGGCGCAUGCCGCGUUGCAGCUGGCCGGGGACGAGUCCAAGGUCCUCGCGGCCGGCGGCAACGCUGCAGCUGCUGGUGAGAUGGUGAAUAAGGCGUGGGGCGCGUAUGAGCUUGCGUUCUUCUGGGGGUCCCUGGUGAAUACGCUGGCGCUCUUUUGGGCGAGCGAUGUUUUCAACCGGAUAGUGGACGUGAACGCUGUCAAGUUCACUCGCUGGAUUGGUGAGAAGGCUUGGAGGAAGGAUUGA